GCUGACGACACUACGGAGAGUCCGUAACACACACCGACCUCUCCGGGGGCUCUGCGCAAGCGGCGCUCCCAGGUGAAUUAGACAAAGUGACUCCCAGAGCAUCUUGGCUGUAUGAACUCUUGAGCUGUCAAGGGACUGAGAGGCUUAUGAAGAGGUUCUGUCAGGCAAAACAGUGCUUAGCAAAGACACCGAGGAGGAGGGAAAAGGAGAAAGGGAGGGAGAGAGAGCUGAAACACUAACAAACCAUGAGAUCGAUCCGAUCGUUUGCUAACGAUGACCGCCACGUAAUGGUGAAACACUCAACCAUUUAUCCAUCUCCAGAGGAACUUGAAGCUGUCCAGAACAUGGUAUCAACAGUAGAAUGUGCCCUUAAGCAUGUCUCUGACUGGAUGGAUGAAAAGAACAAGUCUACCAAGUGUGAGGGUGAUGUGGAAGCCAAGGAGGAAGCUGUGGAAGGCAAUGCCAAGGAUCAAGGUGGUCGGACGUUAUGUGGUGUGAUGAGAAUUGGCUUGGUUGCAAAGGGCUUGCUGAUAAAAGAUGAUAUGGAUCUGGAGCUGGUUCUUAUGUGCAAAGAAAAACCCACAAAGACCUUGUUAUGUAUCGUUAAAGACAAUCUCCCAGCUCAAAUUCAGAAACUUACAGAAGAGAAGUAUCUGGUGGAGGAGCAUGUAAAUGAGGCAGCUAUUGUUAUCCGUAACACAAAGGAGCCCAAGCUCACUUUGAAGGUGAUACUCACGUCCCCUCUCAUCCGAGAUGAAGCAGAGAAGAAGGAAGGAGUAGAUAAUGUUGCGAUGAAAGAUCCUCCGGACUUAUUGGACAGGCAGAAAUGCCUGGAGGCCUUGGCGUCUCUGCGGCACGCCAAAUGGUUUCAGGCCAGGGCAAAUGGACUAAAAUCAUGUGUAAUUGUCCUUCGUAUUCUGCGGGAUUUGUGCAACAGAGUCCCCACAUGGGCACCACUGAAAGGCUGGCCACUCGAGCUUAUAUGUGAAAAAUCUAUAGGUACUUGUAAUAGACCUUUGGGCGCUGGGGAAGCGUUGCGACGAGUCAUGGAGUGUUUGGCAUCUGGAAUUCUGCUUCCCGGAGGGCCGGGUCUGCACGACCCCUGCGAGCGCGAGCCCACGGAUGCUUUGUCUGACAUGACAGUGCAGCAAAAAGAAGCCAUUACACACAGUGCCCAGCAUGCCCUCAGACUAUCAGCCUUUGGGCAGAUCUAUAAGGUGUUGGAAAUGGAUCCCCUCCCAUCCAAUAAGUCAUUUCAGAAAUAUUCCUGGUCAGUUACUGACAAAGAAGGUACAGGCUCGUCUGCUCUGAAGAGACCCUUUGAAGACAGUGUCGGGGAUGACAAGGAUCCAAAUAAAAAGAUGAAGCGUAAUCUGAGGAAAAUACUAGAUAGUAAAGCAAUAGAUCUCAUGAAUGCUCUGAUGAGGCUGAACCAAAUCAGGCCAGGGCUUCAGUAUAAGCUGCUGUCACAGUCUGGUCCAGUCCAUGCCCCAGUCUUCACAAUGUCUGUAGAUGUUGAUGGUACGACUUAUGAAGCAUCAGGACCUUCUAAGAAAACAGCCAAGCUCCAUGUGGCAGUGAAGGUUUUACAAGCCAUGGGGUAUCCCACUGGUUUUGAUGCAGAUGCGGAGUGUGUGAGUUCUGAUGAAAAAUCAGAUACUGAAGGUAAAAAUGAAACUACGUCUUCAAUCUCAAGCAAUAAUACUGGAAAUUCCACAGCGGACACCUCUGCUACCCUAGAGGUAAGAACUCAGGGUCCCAUACUCACAGCAAGUGGCAAAAACCCGGUGAUGGAGCUCAAUGAAAAGAGAAGAGGUCUCAAGUACGAGCUCAUCUCUGAGACCGGGGGGAGCCACGACAAGCGCUUUGUGAUGGAGGUAGAAGUAGAUGGGCAGAAGUUCAGAGGUGCAGGCCCAAACAAGAAGGUAGCAAAAGCAAGUGCUGCAUUAGCAGCACUUGAAAAACUGUUUUCUGGGCCUAAUGCAGCAAACAACAAGAAGAAGAAAAUUCUUCCUCAGACUAAAGGGGUUGUCAAUACAGCUGUUUCUGCAGCAGUCCAGGCUGUUCGAGGCAGAGGACGAGGUGCUUUAACACGAGGGGCAUUUGUCGGGGCAGCUGCUGCUACUGGAUACAUAACACCAGGCUAUGGAGCACCGUAUGGGUACAGCACAGCGGCGCCAGCCUACGGUGGUUUUUUCAUUGACAGUCCCUAUUGCCAGCCUCUCAGCAUCGCACCUUUUAUUAUUCACUUGGGCCCUCAAGAUUUCUUCUCUGACUUCUAGAACCAUCAGGUUGUGUGGCUCCAAAUGGCAUUUUGUACAUGUCUUAAAAGCAAGAAAAAACGUGGCUCGUUUUGAGGUUUCUCAACUUCAGACAUGGAAUCUGAGCUUUUUUCCUUUUUUUCUUUUUUUUUUUUUUUUAAAGUGUUUUUCUCACUUCUUGAACUUUGCUCCAUGUAACAAAAAGCAAUACUUAGUCCAAGCCACAGUCCUCUCUUUGGGUACAUAGCAAUAGAUGUGUAUAUACUUCUGGUUAUUUCUUUACACUGAAAGGGAAAGACUGGUGUGUCGGGGGGGGAAACCAACCACCAAACCAAGGCACAAUCCGGGCCGAGUGCUGCUUCAAGCAGUGACAUCUGCCUGGACUUCCACUCCUGAAGUCCCUCCGGAUUUUAAUACUCUGCUGUAUUUGCAUGUCUCCUAUCCAAGUUGCUACAGAGCCGUGCAAUGGUCCCUCCUGAAGCAGCAGUGCUUUGUACCAUUGUGCAUGUCAGCAGACAUGAAAUGUAGCAAAAAAAGGUAGAAGAAAAAAACAGAAUAUAUAUUUUUUUCCAAAAUGUAACUAAAUGAUAUCUUCUCUCUCUCUCUUCCCCACAUCAUUGAUAUGAGGCACAAAAAGGGUAGGCCUAAACUGGAAAGUCAAGUGGAUUGCUUUUGUGUCUCUUAAAAACCAUCACCAAAUGAUAGGAAAACACAGCAUUUGGGAAACAUCCAGUUCAAAAAACUUUGCUGCUCUAAAUUUACAGAGGUUUUUUUCCUCUUGAAUAUUUGUAUGUUGAUACUUUGAGAUUGUCAAUCAGCAAUAAUUGAAAGGUGAAUGUUUUUUUAAAUGGUAUUGGAACAUCUAUAUGUUGCAGCUUAAGACUUCUAAGCAGUUUUCAGCAGGUUAAUUCCACUUUAUUCUCAUUCUCUCCGGACCUUCAUAGCCAUAUGCACUUGUAUAAAAUAAGCAGAAAUGUAGUGACUGUAAGCUGAGAUCCUGAUAUAAAAGGUAAGAGAUUUUAUUUUCAGCUUAAAGAAUAUUUUUAUUGCUUUUUUUCUAAGAAUCUCAUAUAUCUGUGACAAUCUUGUAUAUGGCGUGUUUUUAUUAUGUCUUGUUUAACUUGGUGUUUGAAGAGGUAAUACAUAGGUCUGAAUCCCAACUUUGUAUUUCUCAAGCCCAAUUCAAAUACCCCCAGUUAAGAGAGAAAAUAUUACCUAACGCUUUUAAGAAAUUGUUUGGAUUUAUCAACAGACUGUUCUCCUUCAAAUAUUUUUCUCUUGUGUAGCAUAGAAAGCUGUACUGAUACUGCUCUGUCAGGCACUGCAUUCCCUGCAUCCCUGGGGAUACCUCUGGGUAGGUACCAAAGCCAGGCUCUGAAGGCCACCCCUUGGUUCUGGGGAUGUGGGAUGGGUGACACUAACGAACUGGUAACGAGAGAAAUUAUUUCCCUAAACUAUUCAAGCUAAACUCCAAAUUAAGAAGGAAGGACUUUGAUGAUAUUACAGUUAAAAUCUGCAGAGAUCAAAUUACAUUAGGCCAAAUUAAUUCAGGAAGCAGCCAAGUUUGCUUCCCUCCCGCGGGUGCAGAGGAGGGGAGGAGGGCAGGCAGGCAGGGAUUUAUCUCUGCGUGAAUCAUUUGCUUAGCUGUGGUUUUCUACAGCUGGAAAUCAGGAUACAGCCAUCCAUAAAUAAUUGUUUUCAGUUCUGUACUAAAUGUUUUAACACAUUUUACUUGGAUUAAAAUGGGUUUGGAUUAUGACCCAUUGGUGCACAUGAUAUGUGUAGUUUUAAAAUACUAUUUUUUUUAUUUGCCUUUUAAACCUUGCGUUAUGCAAAGUUGCAUAGUACAGAACUGCAGAAGUGCAGUACUUGCAGAACUUGAAGUUGCUGGAAACAACUCUUUUUAUAUAAAAAUGCUUAAAAAAUAAAAAAGCAAAAGGGAGCAAGUUGAUGACGAUGUAGCAGCAUUUUAGGGUCUCAAUUCAGUGAUUAAAACAUAAACCCUGUGACUGAUCACAGUUUAUAACAGUAUCGAGCAGACUUGGUACAGACUAUCUGCAUCAAAAUUCAAGAGCAAAUAUAAACUGUGUUUGAUUUUAAUACUGAGCCAUCAGAUUCACUAAAUGACUGUGUGUGUAGGUUAUCCAUAGCUCAGGACAUGUGCACAGAAUUCACAGGCUGAUAAAGAGCUGCUGCUCCUGUGGGCAGGAACCUGAGCUCGCAGGUGGCACCUGGGGAACUGAACUUGAGGAGCUGUUGCAGGGGCUGGCCCUGGCAGCACAAACCCCUUCACUGACACUUGCAGGACAGCUGGUGAGCCAUCAGAACGUCCUUCCCGCUCAGGGGUGCAGGUUUCCAUCUGUUAUCUUCCAGGUACAAACUCGGGGCUGGGUCUGACAUUCCCUUAAAACUGGGCUCAUUUUUCAUCCGGCCCGGCCCGGCAGUGCUGAUCCCAGAGCAGCAGCUGAUCCCAGAGCAGCAGCUGAUCCCAGAGCAGCAGCUGCUGGGCCUCCUUCAGACAGGAGUUUAGAUGCAUUAAGGUGCAUUAUAAUGAACUUCUCCUGAGUAUUCCUUUCCUAACUGCUGUCAGCCUGACAAGCACUGUCCAGUUCAAGGACUGAUAAUAAACAUCUUGCCGACUCUCAUUUGAUUUGCUUCUUCAUGGACUGUGCUUGGCAGCUUAAUCCAUCUGUGUUUCUUUCCAUCAGAAUUGCUCUGACUGAAUUUCCCUGUUUUUCUGCCAUCAUCCUUUUAACUCUUGCAAUCCUAAGUACUCCACUCUCCUGCUGGUUUUUUUUUAAUUCUUUGUUAGAUCUUUUUUCUCUAAAUUUCUCUAAAACACUGUUGUUUGUAAUGCAGUACUUAUGUCUGAAAUGUCCCCUUGCCUGUGCUGCCUCCCUUCACAGUCAGAGAGAACCUUUUCCUGACAUGUGAAACAGGGUACUUAAGACUCCUGAAUCCUGGGUUCUGCAGCCACUUGGAAUCAGAGAUCAGACCCAAGAAUGCAGGAUUGCCUGGGAACCCCUCUCACUGAGCAAAAUAGCCCCAUGUAUUGAAGGGUCACAGAGUAGGCUUGUAAGUGCCUCCUGAUGCUCUGGCAUUUGAGAGAGCAGCGAAAUUCUAUCAGUAGGUUUUAACCUAACUGAAGUAUCAGGCUAUUAUCUGAUGAGUAAUUUGGGUAACAUCUGCUUCAUCAGUGUUGCAACAAGCAUGUUUUGCCAAGGCAGACCUAGAAACUCUUUUUUGCACAAUGCUUGUGGGUUUCCUCUGAAAAGCCUCCUCACAGCAGCGUGGUUCGAAGUGCCUCUGCUGCGAGGUUGGAGGUCUGCAUUAGGGCUCCUUUGUACUUCUGUGUGUGCCCAGCAGCCAAACACGUGCCCCCGGGUCCCUGUGCUCUGUGCAGCUGCCAGGACCGCUGCCCAUUCCGCAGCACCUUCCCAGGGAAGCACAAACGUUAUUUCACAGUUUGAAUUUCUGGUUCAUGGAAAAGAAUUCUGAAGAAGUUCCUUUCAAUUAGUACAUCUAUAAAUAGGAGACCAGGGAAAGUCUGUGCCUGUACACUACCCACCUCAACGCUAGUUUUAGCUAACCAGAUGAUCGUGUGUAUUUUGGGAGAUGGUGUCUGGCACUUAAAGGAUUAAAAGAAGCUGGAGAUUUACAAUAAGGAACUGACCUGUUUGAUCUGUUAUCUGUACUGGAGGUGAAUGGCACUGCUAUUGACUUUGGAGUAACAUCUGUGAGCUCUGGGGGUCUGCUUCAGUCCUACUUUGCCAGCAACAGGAGAUUCCUCCAGCCACGUUCUAACUAGAGGAGGUUUUAGAGUAACCAGACUGGUUUGGAGGGCUUGGCUGGCUCAAAGCAUGGGCUGUGAUGCUUCCUGCCAUCGUGUCCUCUCUCUGCCAGUGCUUGCUGUCUUCCCCAAGCACACAUUCAGGACUUGGAACAUGGUGACCUUAUUCCUGGGCGUGGUGCCAGGUGGAUGGAGGGAGGCCAGCCCAUGCUCAUGAAGGGAAUGUGGAACACGCGGCCUCGGUUGCCCAAGCAAUUUCUGUUGGACACAGUGCCCAAUCCAACCCUCACAAAGGCAAUUUAGUGCCUGGGUAGGUGGUUCCUAAUCUGUCUAAUUUGCUGUCAUGUAGCCAGUGUGAGCUAAUUAGAUGAUUCAGCAAUUGUCAUGGCUCCCAUUUAAUGUGCUGUAAAUGCUGCUGCCACAACUUUCUCUGCUGUUAAAUACCUUUGCUCCUGUACUCUGUCCUCCUGCCCUGCCCUUCCUGAUCACCUUCUGGUAUCCCAGUAAAUAGAUGAUUCUCUCAAAUGAUGCAACUGUUACACAGAAGUGUCUAGAUUCUUAAAAACUUUUAACCAGACUAUGAAGCACUUCAAAGAAACUAGUUUUGCUACAAAUAUUUCAACUUAUUCAUGUGCCAGGGGACUAUUUCUACUCAUUUACAAAGAUCUGAAAACUAGUCCAGGAUCUCUGAUCUCUGGAGACAAGGAUUCUUUCUUUGAGAACACUUGCCUUCUAGUAGGAAAAAAAGAUUUAAAGUGUGUCAUACUCAAUAGAGGACUGUGCCCUCAAGCCCCUGAAAGAACUUAAUUGGGAAAAAGUGCACAAAUCUAAAAUUGAGGCUUUUUGCUUUCAUUGAGCUACUGAGAAUAAUUUCCCUGACAACAAGGUCCUCAGAUUAUUAGGAAGUAGAAAAUACAGGAGGAGGUGCACGGAGAUUUUUCAGCUAGUCUAGGAAAAAAAAAUCUCCUAUAUGUUGGCUGUUCAGCUAUGGAACAUCAAACUCUUGUCAUUUCUUAAUCUCCACAACAGCAAUAAAUGUGAGCAGCUUUAACGUGCCAUCCCUGAUCCAGUCCCAGCAAUGCCCCAGGAGAGUGAGCCUGGCAGUCCCUGUCUUUUCAGUCACCAAUUCCCUGAAAUGAAGUGUCCCUUGCUUCAUUUGUAAUUCUGCAUCUGCACUUCUGAGAGCCAGUCUAGAGGUGGGAUUCCUGAACAUCUCUCCAGAUCUGUACAGAUGAAGAGCAGGCAGACAAGACAGUACUUCAGUCUUUACUCAGACAAAAUGGCAGGUUUCCCUCUCCUCUUGUGCUUGGUGUGCCAAGAUAUGCUCACUCGGUAUUAGAACUUCUCGCCUUUAGCUAAAUUCUCAGUAGACAGCUGCCUGUUACUCAAUCAAGGGAAAACUAUGUCCCAGCUUCCCUGAGUUCCAAGUCACAGAAGCAGCUUACAAAAACAGCUCCUAUUUCCGGUGGCUCUGGGAAACAGCACAAGAACUCUGUGGCUGCAGAUUCCUUUGGAUACAUGAUGGGAUGUGUAAACAUGAAGUUCAGACUGUUGUUCUCAGUCGUGAAGCUGCCUAAGACCUCCCCUCUCUGGCAUCAAAAGAAUGAAAAUGAGCUCUGUGCUGGGCUCACUGAGGAGCUCUGUUAGGAAGGACUGCUCUGUCUCAAAAAACAGUAACUCGGCUCCAGUGUUCAGCACACAGACCCUCUCGGGCUUCCUGCUGAAUAAUCUAGUGAAAAAUGAGACACUUUAUUGACUUGUUUAAAGCAAAGCAAAGGGACAGUGUAGUUGAAUCUGCUGUCUAUACAACAGGAGACAGCUUGUCUAAGGGCUCAUUGGGUUCAUUCCACUCUCAGAGGAAAUUCUGCUCAAGUCAUUGUAGAGCAAUUCAUGGGAGAAACUGGGCACAGAAGUCCUGGCCCUAUGGACCAUGGCAGCAGGUUCCCCUGCCCUUUCUUUGCAACACCAUCCACAUAAGCCAGUAGUGAAGUAUUUGGCAUUAAAAGAAUUGUUACCAUGAAGCUGUUUCAUUACUUAACUCCAGAGUUAUGUCUCCCUAGCUUUAUUUGUGUCAUCUAAAUCCACACUUAUUUAUGUCCAGGUAUCCUACAGCUCCUGACACAUCUUCCUUCUUCCCAUCCUGCUCACAAUAAUGGGACUGAUUCACUUGUUGGUUUGUAGCUGCCGUGUGAGAUAACAUAAAAGCACAAGUAGGACACAUCUGCCUGUUCCUCUCUCCAGGGUCUCUUAGGAGAAAGGGUGCUCUUUCUGCCAGGCCUGUCUGAUGCUGUGCAGGCAAGGCAGUGCUCCACUGUGAGUGGUAGGAGUUAGGUAAGAGAAAAGGUCAUCACACAGUAAGACUUAAAUAAAGUGGGGAUUUUCUCCAAUUCCUGUGACUGCAUGAAACAUUCAGACCACGUGUUUUACCUUGAUUUUUACGAGGAGCUGAAUGUCCAAAAGUGGUGUGUGGGGAUGUGCAGUUCUAAAGCAGAUCUCUGAAUUUAGAUGUUGUUUUAUCUUGUAUUUGGUGCCUUAACGCUGUACAAUUUAAGGUCAUAUAUACUAUACCACAGGUAGUUUAGUAGUAAUACUUGAAAAGAACCCAUCAAGCCUAGUCUACAGAAACUCUUGCACAGACUGAAGCCUUCUCAGGGGGAGAGUACUCUUCCAUGUUUAAUUAAUAAUCUACCAAUAAAUUAGAGUUGUAAGAAUGUAAGAGCAUAUAAAAAUUUUAACCACAGAGACUGAAUUUAUCUGAUUUCUAACUUCAAAGGUUUGGGGCAAUAAGAUAAUUAAAGCUACAGUCUCUUCUAUGCUGUGUAAGUAAACAACAUCAAAAUGUUUUCUCACCAGCCUGAAGUGCAUGUUGUGAAAACCUCUGGACUGUUAUCUCUACUAGAACAAAUAACACUUAAUUUUAAAAGGCAUUAAUUGAAUGUAACUGGCUGUCCUUCACUCAUUAGUACAGGGGAGCUGGAAUGAGUAAGAGUCGCAAUUCAUUUUUAACUGAUUAAACUUCAGCCUCAUUCCUGCCUCUUACCUGGAUGUAGAAGCUCCAGCUGCCUUAUGCUGCUCUGCAGUUCAUGAGGUGUAGUGCAGCUCCUGCUCGAACACACCAUUUCUGAACGCUUCUGGUCCUGGCAGAACGGACUGCGGCGAGACAGAGAGAAACAUGGAAGUAGAACGUCUUUCUCCAGUCUCAGGUAGAGAUCAUAGAUAGGAAGCUGGAGGGAAAGUUGCACUGCUUUUUCCAAGUCCAUUAAGAGAGUCUGUGGUUUAUGUCUGCUGUGGAAAACCAGCAGCUUUAGUGUUCUAAAAGCAGGGGCAGACGGUAUUGCUUUUUCAAUAGUUAGUAAGAAAUAAGAGGUUUAAGCUAUCCAUACAGCUAAAAGCUGAUAGUGAUGUUGCUACAGGAGAUUAAUUUUUUUUUCUGUUCAGAAAUGAGUCCAGGAUUGCAGGUUUUCCAGAGGAGGAACACGAGAAAUCCAAUCAUCAAAUUCUUUUUCCUGAUGCAACCCUACCCAAAAUAAGGAGGCAGCUGCAGGCAGUGUAUAGAGCAUGCAACUGAAUUUUGGGAGGGAAAGGAAUAAUAGUAAUUUCCCCCUAAAGGAAUACUAGUUAGUUAUUUCUAGAGUGCCCAGAGUAUUCUAGACAAGCUACCUUUACAAAAAGGAGCAAGGCAACAAGGGAGAGCAGGCACUGCUCCCACAACCACCUGUUGUAAUGUACCAGGUCACCAAUAUUGGUGUAACUAGUUAUGACAAAGUAGGUUCAUCUUACCAGCAAAACGUAUUUUGACAUUCUAUCCACUUCUGUUUUUUAAGCUAAAGGGGAGUUAAUCAUAGCACUCAUCUGUUUCGAAGGGAGUAGAGCAGAAGGUAAGUUUUAACUUCAUACUUCAAAGCUGCUAUGAAUAGAUUAACAGUGUUCCAUGGAAACAACCUGAUAUACUUUAUUUUCUUUGUGCUCCAUUUCUGCGUUCUUGGAAAAGCACAAGCUUGUGUAAGCAUAAUCAAUACAAAGUUACUCAGGGUACUGCAUCAUCCCAGCAGUGGACACUAACCACAUCUUAAGUCAACAGGCACAUAUAAAUCAAGCUUAAUUAAGAGGAACAGGACAUCUUGGCGAGUUUUGUUUUACUGCUGGCACUGCUACAAUUUACUGAUCUAUGCAUACCAAAAUGUGUGUAUUGCUGCACUCCCAACAGAACUGAGGGAGUUCUGUAAGGGCGUCCUGUAAACUCACAGAGUCAGUGUAGGAGAGGCAGUAUUUAUUCUUCUUUCAUUAUUUCCACAAAGAACUGUUUCUGAGCAGAUGGAAAGUGAUACUGCUCAAAGGAGAGUAAUGGUGGGCUGGAGAACAGCAUUCAGAGCAGUACAGCUUUUGAAGAGUUAGUGAUCAUAUGAAUUUAAUUAUGAAAAUUCUGAUUUGCUGUACAGAUUAUUUCCUGUGUUUUCAAAUUCAUAUCACUGCUUCCCUGCUCAAAAAUAACAGGAUAAAGACAAGUGUAGUUUUCUAAUAACAUCUAUCGCAUGGAAAUCCACGUCCACUGGAGGAAAAGGGAGGCUGUACUGCAGAGAGCAUGUUCAACUACAGAGCCAUUCUCUGGGCAAUGCUGCAUAAUUUAGGAGUGGGUAAACACGCCUUCAGGGACAACAUGGCACAGAGCAGAUGGUUAAAACAAAAAAUAUCACAGAAAAAAGCCUCAAAGCUUUGUCCAGUCAUACAUUCAGUGUUCCCUGCCAAAGGGACAGGUACAUUCACACGCGCUUAGUGAGUUACGUGUCAGGCAUCACAAAGGUCCUUAAGGACAAACAUUUUGGAGCCAGUCUCCUUUUGGACAGAAAAGGGAGGAAGUUGACUCUGUCUUCCAGUUCCAAGGUGCAGUGUCUUAUUUCUAAUCCUAACCCUAAGUCAAUAUUUAUUGAUCCAACUGACUAAGCUUUUUAGGCCGACCAGCUCUCUGCGAAGCAAUUCUGUUCUCUUGAGCCUCUGCAGGGGCCAGUAACUGGUGCUUAACUACUGCUUCCACUGCGGAAUGUCACCGUCCUCCAGCUGCCCCAGAGCCAGGCUGGGACACUUGCACUUCUCAGAGAGCAACACUGCUGGGGUGGGGGCUCUCAAAAGCACUGAAGUACUACAGCAGAGCAAGUCCCAGUGGGCUGUGUGCUUUUUAAAGUCCUGUCUAGCUCUCAGUGACAAAGUUGAGCAUGAAACCUGUGCUGCCAAACGUACCAGCCCCUUGCUGAGGAGGACAUCGAUGGGAAGCAGGCUUGGAAGUGGAGAUUUUGAGGAAAGGCUGUCGUUUUCCAAAUCCAGUCAUAGGCUUUUUUUUUUUUAAUGGUUGAGCUUUCACCCACCAAAAAUCACCAUCAAUCAAAUCAAUUAAAAUUGCUGCUAAUUUGGGUUAAAAUAUCAUCACCUUUGUAUAACCCAAACCACCACCAUCCAUCCAUCUAAAUAAUUCCUAAGCAAAGACUCCUCAGGAGGCAGAGCCCUUCUGACAGGAAAUCUGGCAGUGCAGUAUGAUGUGACUUCUCUGAUGACAAUUCCUUCUCCAAGACAAGGAAAAGACAGAGGCAGUGCUUUGGGGCAGUGUUUCAUGCUCAGCAAGUUUGUAGAGAGAGGGAAUGCAAUUCUAUAAAUCACUUGUACUGUAUUUCUGUUUCUAGACUUGAAUGAAUUUCACUUUUCCUUUGUGGGUCAGCAUAGUAAACGUUAAAGAAAAGAUCUAUUUUUCUAAAUCUCUUUCACCAAUAAAGGUCUGACCUGCAGCCAACAGAUGGAUUUAUUUAUCCAUAGAGGAUGGAGUGUUUAUUUUUACACUAAGAUUGGAUAUGGAUUGAAUACAAAGAAGUAUGACCUUUAAACUAUCUAAACCUGAAGUACUAUGAAUGAAUUCCACAAAUGAGUAAUAUGGUAGACAAUUCAAUCUUUCUUCCCAAUAAAUCUCUAUCAAAAGAAGUUACCCAGAAUUAAACUUCCAAAUGAAGUACAAGAGAUCCUUGUGGUCUAAUUACAGACCACUUUGAAAAUCCUUCAGUUUUCUCCCAAUUUGUAAUCAGUAAAGAACAAUGAUGAUGGAACUAUUCCUGACUAUGAUCUAAAUAAAGAAAUUUCAAAUAAAGUAAUUUGGCAACAACCAUAGCUAUUUAUAGCAUUAAAAAUGUGAUCUGAACAUCCAAAUCUUCUUAAUUUGGAAGCAGUUGAGUGGGAAGAAAAAUAACUGCACACUGAAUUUUAAAUUGAGCUGUCUCUACUCACUAGCCAAAAAAGCCUGCAAAUGUCAAGGGAAUGCUCUCUGUACAUUCAGCUGCUUCCUUCCGUGCUGCUGUACCGUCCACUCGGCUUCAUUUGGCUUCUGUGCCGUGGUUUGUACGCCACCACUGUUCCUGACUGUACACAACAGAUCUGCACUGUAACCUCGGGUCAUUUGCCACUGAUUGUAACCCAGUGCUACAGACUUCUCUGUAUAGAAACCAGAACCAUGUCCCAUUGCUUCCAAUAGCUCCAAUAAAGGCUUAUCUCUGCAAACAGGAA